AUGUCAUCGGCAGAUCAGAUUAGUGUUAGAGUUAAAAAGUUCUUAUCAAACCCUGUUUUGAACAGGAAGCAAUUUUCACUUGAAGUUUUACACCCAGGCAGGAGCAACGUUUCCAAGGCAGAGUUGAAGGAGAAGCUUGCUAAGCAGUUCAAGGUAAAGGACUCCAAGACUGUAGUUCUCUUCGGCCUGAAGACUCUUUUCGGUGGUGGCAGGAGCACUGGCUUCGGACUCAUCUACGACAAUUUGGCUUCCCUCAAGCGGUAUGAACACAACUACCGUCUCAUCAGGCUCGGCCUUGAGGAGGCUAAGCCUAAACUCGGUAGGCGCGCCAAGAAGGAGCUGAAGAACAGGAGGAAGAAGGUGCGUGGCAAGGCCAAGGCCAAGUGCACAGCAGGAAAGAAGAAGUGA